AUGAUUUUCCGCCAAGCACUUUCCAUCCUUCUUUUGGCCACCUCCACAACUGCCUUCACUACUCCUUCCAUCACCACAGAACAACGAUUGACAACGAAAAUGUUUUCGACAGAGAAAGAGAUCGACUUGGGGUUGACACCCGAAUUGGAAAAGGUUACAAAGGCUUUCAAAACAAUUGGGGAUGAACAAACUCGAUACAAGCAACUGCUUUACAUGGCCCAGAAUACUGCCGAGGCCAACAACAUGCCAGAAUCUUCCAAGAUUCCCGAAAACAAGGUUCCAGGAUGUUUGUCGACAGUCUUCAUUGAUGGGACUGCCGAGUACAAUGAAGAAGUUGGUGAUUACGUACUGAACUUCAUUGGUGAUUCGGAUGGUUUGUUGACUCGAGGUUUGGUAGCACUAUUGGUCAGAUGUCUGUCUGGAAACACUGCGGAAGCGAUUCAAAAGGUUGACCCACAAUUCAUCAAGGAGGCCCAGAUUGAACAAUCGUUGACACCUGGUCGAAACAAUGGAUUCCUGAAUAUGGUUCGAGUCAUUAAACAAAAGGCAACCGAAUUGGAUGCUGCUGCACGCGAAGGAAAGAGCGAGACUGCCACACAAACCAAGAGUGACAAUGCCGAGGAAUCGUCUGAGGACGCAACUGCUGACAAUGGCCAUGGUCCAAAGUACAAUGCUAUUGUCGCCGCCUUGCAACUGUUGAAGCCCACCACUUUGAAUCUCAUCGACAAUUCGGACCAACAUGCGGGCCACGCAGGAAACGACAUUGAUGGAGAAUCUCAUUUUAAUUUGGAAAUUGUUGCCGAAGCCUUUGAAGGUUUGAAUUUGGUCAAACGACAUCAACUGGUAUACAUGAUGCUUGGCGAGAUUAUGCCCCAAAUUCAUGCCUUGCAAAUACAAGCAAACACUCCAGAAGAAGCGGGCAAAAAGUAA